CGGGCCCGGCCGCGAGGACGCGGCUGCCCGAAGCGGCCACAAGCAGCGCUCCGCUGGGCGGGGCCCGGCGCCGCUCCGCCCUCAGUGCAGCGUGACCUUCGCCGGCCGCCGUAGCGUGGGGACAUGGCGGCGGCGGCGGCGCGCGGGGCUGUGGCGGGGAUCCUGGGCCGCUGGGCCCCCUGGGCCGCCCGCAGCCCCGCCGCGGGACGCGCUCUCUCCGGUCUCGCCGCCCGGGCCGUCGGCCAAGUGCGGGCACCAGCGGCGGCCCCGCUGUGGAAACCGCGGCUGCUCCCGGGGAACCCGCCUGGGGGAGGCGGCACCUCCAUCCUCAGCAGUGUCACGUCUCUGCUCCCAAACCUACUGCAGCAGCCAGCGAGGACUCUCACGUACUGCAGCUUACGGAAAGGGAAGAGGAAAACCGUGAAAGCCGUCACCAAGCGGUUUCUGCGCCUGCACAACGGCCUUUGGGUUAGGAGACAGUCUGGUUACAAGAAGAAGCUGUGGAAGAAGUCGGCGUCGCAGAAGAAGCGUUUGAGGGAGCUGGUGCUGUGCACUAGAACGCAGUGUAAACUCCUUGAUAAAAUGACGACUUCUUUCUGGAAAAGGAGGAAUUGGUACGUCGAUGAUCCCUACCAGAAAUAUCACGAUCGCACGAAUCUUCGUUUGUAGAGGUGGUGGUACGUGUGGUAUGGGCUGGAUUUUAGAACGUAAAUAUGUAAUACCUGUUACUUAUCUAAAUAAACAUAUACUUGUAAUCUGGUCAGAAUUAUGGGGAUCAACGCCCAAAAUAAAGAAACACUCAAGAUUAUCUUGAUCUGCAGUUCAUAUUUUACUCAGCAGAGGCCAAGCUGGUCACCUACAUGUUCUGAGAUCUGUUGGUUUCCUGCAAUCAUUAUGUACAUGGAUGAAUGUAACGUCAACAUCACUAAAGGUGAACAAUUCAGCAUAUUUCAGAUUAAAAUGUUUAAAAUAAACAUGUUUAAAUAACCCCAGGGUGCAUUUUGCUGUGUCCGUACUUAUGGAUGGCUCACUGAAUAGAGCACCUUGGGGAAAGGGAGGAAGAGCAGAGUCCAGUUUGGUAUUGUCACCUGUCCCAGUACCGGAUAAACUGUUGCCAUGUCUCCAUUAAAAAGAAAGAACAGUU